GUUAUGAAAAGUGACGUCGUGCGGAAGCUGUAGUGCCUUUUGCUAACACACGCCGUACUGAGUGUGUCUUUGCAGGGUUGCCGACUUGAAUUGAAUGAAUUGAGUAACGGUUUGUUUCAAAGUAUCCUGUGUAUGCUGCUCCUGUGUCAUGGUGGUGAAAAAGAAGACACCCAAAGUGGAGGCUUUGGUUUUGGAGAAAGAGAAAUUGCAGCAGUUGUUAGCAUCUCUAUCAGUGGAUGAAGGGCAAGAUGGAGUGAGACAGCUUGCCAACACUCUGCAGUCUUGUUUGAAGCUGAAAGAACCAGUGCUGCAGAUCCAGCUGGUCAAAAGGGCUGGUUCACAGCUGGAGGCGCUCAGUGAAGAGCAAACCGAUGGAGCGCUUUUAGGAGCUUGCCUGCACACAUUGGCAUUGGUCUACACUUCCCUGCAGGCCAAGAACCCUUUGCGAAGAGCUGCUGCUAGUGCCCUGAGUUCAGUACCAGCCUGGCUUGAGGAGCAAACUGUGGCUUGUCUGUCCGUGUGCAUGUCAGACUGUUUGUCUGACACAAAUCCAGAACAGUACUCUCAUGUUGUGGACACCAUUGCUGGCUGCAUGGACUGCUUCGCACUGGGUGAAAGAUGCAUCAAUAAAUUGCUCCCAGAAGUGUUGCAGUUUCUUUAUGAAAGAUUAAGUGAAUACCUUCAUCAGAACAGUGGUCUCCGAGGCCGACACAUUGCUCAAGCCCAGCUGAUGCACUCCUGUUUAAUGGCAGUGAAAACAUCAAUGCAGGUCAUUCAGAAAUGUCAAGGGUCUAUUAGUUCUGUCCUGAACACCCACCAGACUCUGGUGGACACACUGAGCAACAUGCUGGCCUGCUACAUGCAUAUCAUCACUGACGAGGAAUUUGUACAGGCUGUUCAAAGUACAGCUGCAAUGGCCAUAGUCUUAUUAAUCCGAUCUGUGAUGGGCUCUGGAGAUGAAGUUGCAACUGUGGUGUGCAGUUUGCUGUGUAAGUCGGGGCAAGGCUUGGACUCUGUGCCGCUAUGGCUCAAGCAGAGAUGUGAGGGCCUGUGUACAGGUGUUCGCCCACCAGGGGUGUCUAUGUACCUGUCUCAUGGGGCUCUGGCCAUGUUGAACUGGAAGGGUGCCCUCCCUGGCCCACAGUGGGAAACACUGCUACUGUUGGUGCCAGACACACUAUUGGACCUCGAUGCCAGUAUAAAAGAGUCUAGUACCGUGAUGGUGGUGGCUCGGGUCCUGACGCUAUGGAGCAGUGUUGCCCUGGAGUGCCUGCAAGGAGAGAGGCAGCUCUGUUCCCUCAGCCUUCAGCAGUCACUCAGUGGAGGAUCUGAUCUACACAAACGCCUCUUGGAGCAUAUAUACUCCCAUUGGGAGCAUCCUUUAGAUGGAGUUCGCCACCAGACACGCUCCCUGUUCCGAAACCUCCUCCUCCUCCAUCAGCAUACCAAUUCGUUCACCUCGGAGUCAACAAUGGACAACUAUGUCCUUGAGCUCACGCAAAGAUUGCUCCAGCUGGAGUGGCAUAUGAGGGGGAAAUAUGGAGCUUUAGGGUGCCUUGUUGAGCUCUAUGGUGCUGGGCACCUGCUUGAAAUCCAGCCACAGCUGCCAUCAUGUCUCCUGGGUUUGAUGGGGGACCAGACUUUGGCUCCCUAUGCCAGUGACCUGCUGGAAAGGCUUUUUAUCAGCCAUAAACAACUACUUGCAGCUGAAGCCUGUAAAAAAAAGACAAGUGCAGAAGACUGGAUGGAUUGUUGGCACCGGAUGUGGGUAACCCCCCUCCUGCAGGUGCUGUGCAGUGCAAGAUUGGACCAGACCAGUUACAUCUUGGAUUAUUUUCUGCCCAAAUUGCUGCGCUGUAGCCCGUCCAGUCUGACACACAUGGUGCAGGCCUUGCAAGACACACCAUCCUGCUGCAUAGGUUCAUCUAGCAGCAGGGGUGCACUCGGUGCUCUAAUGACAUGUCUGCGGGCCGCCAGGGCCCAGGGUGUGAUGCAGAUCCCACAGGAGGGUGUCUGGGGGGGACUGGUGCCCCUUACCUUGCUUCGACAAGCUUUAAUACACAAACAUGAUCAAGUGAGGAUAGAUGCUUUGGGCUUGGUGUGUGAGAGCCACCGUAGUACUGAGGUUCUGACCUCUCAGGAGCUGGACCUCAUCCACCACUUCCUGCUUCCUAACCUCAACUGCCAAUCACCAGGUGUCAGACAGCAGGCAAUUAGUUUGUUCAAGAAGAUGCUUUGCAGAGUAAAGGACAGUACACAGCUGUUGCAAAAGAAACAGAGCCAAGAGAGAGAGCAUGAGCAGAGCGACAAAGAUCAGCAUACACUAUAUCGGUAUAAGGAAUUCCUGCGCUGGUUAUGCACAAAUUUGUUUGAGGUUUUGCUUCCUGGAGCUUCGUUUUCUAAAUGCCUGAUGUCCCUUCACUUGCUUGGGCAACUGGCUCAGCUAUUCACGUUUGACAUUGGGCCUGAUGGCUUUGCCCUUGGUGAGGUUGUAAACUCUGCAUAUGCUCAGAAUGUCCUCUACUGUGUAGCAAGCAAUUUUUUGGAAGUCAAAUUGCUGGCUUCAACAUUGCUAUGGAAACUUCCUCCGUUGGCUGUAGGACUGCAGGAACACGACAGGAUGUGUGUUGUACUUCAGGCUGCGUUGGAUCUGAGCACCAGCACCAAACCCUUUGACAGUGUUACAGCUGCCCACCUCUUAGACCUGCUGCUCCACCAGCCUAAUCUGAGCCGGGCACUGCUACACUGUGCCCUGAAACAGGGACUUGACUUCCAGCCUCCCUCGUUUCCACAGGGGCCUGAUGUUCUGGAGGUUAACACUUUUGCUGUCAUUCAAUUAUUGCUGAUCUGUCUGCAGUUGGAGGUCUCCAAAGCGGAGUCUUUCCUCUUGCAGGCUGCUGCUUCCUACCCUCUGUAUGGCAGAGUCCACUGCAUUACUGCCGUCCUGCAGAGUCUCAACACAGAGUCUUUGCAUCACUCAGAGGAGUGGAGGCGUCUGGUGUCGGAACUCAUUGCUGUGUGUUACCGCUUGUCUGAUGUGGUCUCCCCUGUUGUUCAGAGCUCUUCCCCUGAGGGGCUCAUCCCAAUGGAUGCUGGGACAGACACCUCAAGUGGACUGCAGAAGAUCCUACAGGAGAUUCAACCCAGGGACACCAAUGAUUUCUUUACUAGCGCCAGAGAGCUAGAUACACACAAUGAAGAGGAUUACGCAGAAACAAGGACCACUGGUGGUGAAGACUACAGAGUGACAGCCCAGAUGGUGCUGGUGUGUUGCUGGCGGAGCAUGAAAGAAGUAGCCAUGCUGUUGGGGCAGCUGUGUCAGAGCCUGCCGCUGCACUACACCGGUGACAAUGCGUACAAACAUCCUGGGCUCAUCACAGAGGAACAGGUGAAAGGGGUUGGCUUGUAUUUCCGUCAGCAACUCCUGCAGUCCCGUCAUCGUGGCGCCUUUGAACUGGCAUAUGUGGGCUUUGUCCGCCUCACUGACAUGCUAUGCAGGAGUGGAAGUAGAGUCCUGCAGCAGCUUCCAGCCUCCUGGUUGUCCAAGGUUCUGGAAGAAGUCAAAUCUAGUGACCCCUUGUCCAAACUGUGUGCUACACGACGCAGUGCUGGAAUACCCUUCUAUAUUCAGGCUCUUCUGUCUUCAGAGCCCAAAUCCUCCAGUUGCAGUCUGUUGAAAAUGACCAUGAACGAGCUGAUUGCUCUUGCCAUGCCUGCCACUGACAGAAACACAGAUAACUCCACUGUUCCUCAGGUCCAUGCUCUGAACAUUCUGAGGGCGCUUUACAGGGACACUCGACUGGGGGAAAACAUAAUUCCCUUUGUGUCAGAUGGAAUGCAGGUUGCUGUACUUGGCUUCACUUCUCCAGUGUGGGCAGUAAGGAAUUCUUCUACUCUUCUUUUCAGCACUCUGAUCACAAGGAUCUUUGGAGUGAAGAAAGGGAGGGAUGAACACGCAAAAAAAAACAGGAUGACUGGCAGAGAGUUUUUUACUCGUUUUCCUGCCCUUUAUCCGUUUCUUCUGAACCAGCUCAAGGAGGCAGCGGUCACAGUGGAAAGUCACAGCGGUCAGGUGCGGCUUCAUCCCAGUCUCUUCUUGCUGCUGCUGGUGCUCAGUCGACUCUACCCUUCUCCAAUGGAUGGCACUUCUUCACCGAUGGGACUUGCGCCUUUUAUGCCGUUCAUCAUCAGAUGUGGCCAUUCAGCGGUGUAUCGGACCCGUGAGAUGGCAGCCCGAGCCCUGGUUCCUUUUGUACCACUUACCCAGACCUCCUCUACUAUACAUUCUUUGCUUCAGGAUCUUCCUCAACACUCUGGACCUCAAAUCCAAAACAACUGCAUUCAUGGGAUACUGCUACAGGUGCUGUUUCUCCUGCAGUCCUACCGGAGUGAGUCACACAGGCCACCGCCAGCACAGAAUGGGAUCGGCAAAGCUGUCCUUCAGUGCAUGUGGCUUGCCUCUCGAGAGAAUAGCUGUGUGGUCACCAGAGGCGCCUUUCUGGAUGUGUUGGUGUGCCUGUGUGGGCCAAGGAUUAGUCUUUUGUGCGAUUCUGAGGCCAACAAGCUCCGCCAAGAGACUCUGUCUAUACUACUUACCUCAAGCCUAGUCACCAACAACCCCACAGCCACAGCCAAUCUGGAACCCGGCAACACCCAGUACAUGCUUAGCCUUGCCAGGGUAGCCCUCAGUGCCAGUGUGGAGAUCCCUGAGCUGUGGGGAAGGCAUCAGCUUACAAAUAAGCUCCUGGAGUGCUUGCUUAAAUGCCCAUUGUAUGAAGUGAGGGAGUUGGCUCUGGACAGUGUCCUGAAGGGACUGAAAAAGGAAGAAGAACAGGAGAAGACACCUGCAUGGCUAAAUGAGACCACCCUGCCGAACCUGACAUGCCUAGCUUUUCAUGAAACACACCCCCAGUGUCUGGCCAAGGUCCUUCAGGUGUUGAGUGUGUUGCACUGCGGCGGUGAGCUCCACUGGAUGGAUGCUGUGCAGCAUUUGUCUCAAGAUAAGGUUCUGCUGCAUUUUCUUGCUCUCGCUCAGAGGGCUGCUCACAGUGUGGAGCUUUAUUGUGCAGCCAUGACACUGCUAUCCCAACUGGUAGUCCAAACGAUGAACUCUGACCAAAAGGGUGAAAAUACAGUGACUUGCUUAUCUCAGUGGGAGGCAAUGGUGUGCUCGUGCUGCAGCGAGGAGCAGCCAGUGGAAGUGAAGCUGAUGGCCGCUCAAGUGUUGGUCAACUCAACAGGCUCAUUAAUGACCAACUCUGAGCUGCCGCUCGGUCUUGUCAGCACAGUCUCUUUGUGGAGGACUUUGUUCACACUGUUACAAGAUGAAGACCAAGAAGUUCGAGGUUCUGCAUCUGACUUCAUUGCUAAUGCACCAGCUCAUCUUAUUAGUGCAGAUGUGGCAGGCGUGUCUGUAUGUCCCCCUGUAGCCUUGGACAUUGGCGUGGGCCUCCUGUGUCGCUUGUUCCAACUGUGGGAUCAGGAACCAGCAGGCGUCCUCACUCUGACAGAGUGGCUGCUGGGAGAUGAAGAAGGCGAUGAGGAGACAGGUGCAGAAGAAGCCUCGAGGCUGGAUGAAGAGGAUUUCCUGUUUGAGAAGGGUGAUCUAAACCUGUGGGCCGAGCCAGUCCAGUGGGUGAAGCUGCUCCACAGACACCUCAUCUCCCUCAUUCUGGCCUACAAGCAGACCCGUGAGUCAGAAAGUACCGAGCUGGACCAGCUUCAUCAACUCUCCACACUGACCUCCAAGGCCCAAGCCAAGGUCAUGAGCACGAAGGAAGCUCUCAGAUCCCUCCCUGUCCUACCCCAGUUCUCCUGCACCAUGGAGCAUGCUCGCCUGGCACUGCAGCAGCACAGAGCCACUCUGGCGCUGGAUGUGCUGGAAACACUGAGGUAGGAGAGAAGACACAUUGAGCAAGAAUCCAACUCAGAAAAAUAUCUUUAGUGAUCAUGAGACCUCAAACUGGGUUUUGGAUCUGUUUUUUUUUUUUGGGGGGGGGGUGGGGUUAUCAUUGUAUAAUUUACCAUGUGUUUGCCUCUUUUCACUGAGUUUAAUCUUUAUGACCCUUGAUGACUGACAAUUAAAUACAUGUCAAAAUAA